UAAAAACCAGCAGGUGCCGGUCAUCGUAGUCGAAACCCCCGAAAAGUAGCCGUAAUCCUCUAAAUAUGAGACAGUUCAUCUACAGUUUAUCUCACCAUCCAACGUUAUAUCGUGUUUCGCAAAGCAAAAAGGCCACCUUUCGGAGCGACUUUGAUCCCGAUGGGGAUUCAUCCGACCCCGUGUAAUAACCAAUGAUAUCAGCUGCUAUCUAUCGCUAGUUUUAUCGUCACCGGUGUAAUCCGUGCCUGGGAACAUAAUUUUCGAUAGCAUUACGCAAGCGACGACGCACAUUUUGGAGUGCUGGUAUAGUGCCAAACGGGGCGUCCCCAUGGUUCCGCAAACUUCUAAAUCAUGGUUCGGGAUCGAACAGAUAGAUAAAUCUAACCUCCGCGUUAUCUUAUCGUAAAGCCGCUGGGUGGUGCUGUAUUUAUUUCGGUUCGCUAGCUCCCCACAUCCUUUUAUCCAAGCCCGCCGGGAAAAAAAUGCCGAAAGGCAAGAAAAAUUACCGCCAGCAAACGGUGCCGGCCCAGUAUGGUAGGGACUGCAGCCGACAGCGUUUGCCGCACGUACGAUGGAUACGGUGCUCCGAGUUGGUCGUCUAAAUGGGUCAGCGGUGGAACAACAGUGGAACUCCCUGCUAGACGUAAUCGGUGACGAUCCCGACAUUCUCUAUACAUGGGGGCUAACCAUUUACGUGCAUGCCUUUUUCUGGCUCGUGGGUGGAUUGUUUGUGCUAAUGGAUAUCACCAACAGGCCGGCGUUUUUGCGUAGAUACAAAACGCAACCCGGUAAAAAUGAACCGAUAGAAUCGCACGAUCUGCGGCGGGUGAUGAAGACAAUCUUGUUCAAUCAAACGGUGAUUGGUAUCCCGUUAACGUUUGCUGGCUACUAUGGAACAAUCCGUGGUUCGGUGCCGGACGUACGCACGCUACCCUCGGUGGGUGUGAUCUUGCGCGAUCUGGUCGUGUGUGUCUUCUUUGCCGAGAUUGGAUUUUACUACGUGCAUCGAUUCUUGCACCUCAAGCCACUGUACAAACUGGUCCAUAAAAAGCACCACGAAUGGACGGCACCGUUUGCUUGGACCGCUAUGUACUGCCAUCCGAUCGAGCACAUCAUCAGCAACAUGAUCCCGCCAAUGAUCGGCAUACAGCUCAUGAAGGCGCACAUCUUCACCACUGCCAUCUGGUUUCCUUUGGUAAUCUUUAACACGAUUCGGGAUCAUUGUGGCUACCAUUUGCCGUUCUUUCCCAGCUCCGAGUACCACGAUUAUCAUCACGCGAAAUUUACUGAGUGCUUCGGAACGUUCGGGUAUCUCGAUUGGUUGCACGGGACGGACACAAAGUUCCGGAAGUCAAAGCAGCACCAGCGUCAUCGUACACUUUGGGGCAUUAAAUCGGCCCGAGAAUUGUAUCCGGAUAGUUAAUCCGAAGCCACCUGUUUGCCAUCCAAAGCUUACGAGUGAGCGUGGUAAGGAAUACCUCGUACUAAAACAUCCAGCUUUUUCGUCUUUCUAGCUGUUCUAUUUUUUAAUAAACUCAUGUAUUCAAUAAAACCGUUUGGGGGCUGUUCAACUGAUACGAAGAAUGCUAGGAAACAUAAAAACAAUUCGGCAUUUUACGAACGUGUAAUUAUUCAGAAGUAGUUGUUUUAUCGUUUGGCUCGAGUGUGACAGUGCUACGGUGUUUAUUCCUGCGUGCAUGCCGGUUGCAAGAAGCUGUACUUCAAUGAGCGGCAUCUAACAGAGCACGAGAAAUAUCACGGUGGAGAAGGAAGCUCCUUGCGAUCGCCUCAGGACGUUGCGGAGACAGUCAGGACGUUCCUACACACGCCAUAGUCAUGUAAAAGCGCACGAGCUGCUAAAUACCGCUACACUAUCCUUUCACUGUCCGUGGGCCGACUGUGGGGCGGCUUUUGCACGCUCGUACGAAUUGUAGCACACCGUCAGGAAAGGAAGGAAAUUCGAAACGUUACGGCGUUGUUGAAAAUGGUCCAAUCGGGUUCGAAUGCUAACGGUUGGGUAAUACGAUAAAAAAGCCUUAUUUACACGAUAAACGUUAUUUCAUUAUGUUUACAACUAAAUGCACAAAAUCCAAAUCGACGA